ACGUACAAACAAAACUACUUUACUUCGAGUCCAGAUAACUAUACUUUUUUAAUACCAAAAAGUAGAGAUUCGUUUUCACAUAGAUGGGUAUUGUUUUAUCCUCUAAGAUGCAAUGUAGAUGGACAAUGAAUACAAAUACAGCCAUUGUUGAAAAGGCCAUAAAUGUUUGGAUGUACCAAAAUGCGAGCCUAAUAAAAUCGGUGGUUGGAUGUCAAUUAAGAACCAUAAACCUAAUCCAUCUCUCUUCUCCUAUAUAUAUACACACACAACUUAUCAAAGUUGUCCCAUCUAAGAAAACUCUUCUACUUAAGCAUGGUGGUUAAUCAGAAGAUAUCCGGCCUUGCAUCCGCUAUGAACGCCAAAAUCAUCGGUUCAGGCGAGCGAUCAAUGGUCCUGGCACACGGUUUCGGAGGCGAUCAGUCAGUGUGGGACAAGAUAAUACCGGUCUUGUCCCAAUCCUUCAAAGUUUUGGUCUUUGACUGGCUUUUCUCUGGAGCCAUUAAAGACCAAACUCUUUAUGACCCUUCAAAGUAUAACUCUUUGGUCGCCUUCUCUGACGAUCUCAUUGCUCUUAUGGAGGAGUUGAAGUUUGGCCCUGUCGUGUUCGUAGGCCAUUCCAUGUCGGGGAUGAUCGGUUGUGCUGCUUCUAUUAAAAGGCCUGACUUGUUUACAAAUCUUCUCCUUAUUGCUGCUUCUCCAAGGUAUAUAAACAGUGAGGAUUACAAAGGAGGGUUUGAGUCAAAAGACAUCGACACUAUCAUCUCCAACAUUGGCUCCAACUACGAGGCUUGGGCGGUUGAAUUCUCCUCCGUCGUGGUCGACCCUAGAGACUCUCUCUCGGUCCAAAGGUUCGAGAAGUCCCUUAAAAAGAUGAAGCCCGAGACGGCUCUUGCCUUAGCUAAGAUAGUGUUUGGUAGCGACGAGAGAGAGCUUUUGGGACAAGUGUCAGUGCCUUGCCAUGUCAUACAACCAGGAAACGACGUCGUAGUGCCUGUCUCCGUCGCUUACUUCAUGCAUGAGAAGAUUAAAGGGAAAUCGACGGUGGAGAUCAUCGAAGACGCGACCGGGCAUUUUCCACAGAUGACAUCACAUUUGGAGCUGCUUGGCGUCAUGAGACGCCUCCUCGAGUUUUAAGGCUUAUAUAUAAGAGAUUUGCGUCGAUUGAUCGAUUUUUUUUUUCUUGUCUAUAAUAUCGUAUAACUAAUAAAAUUAAGUGCGUCUUUUAUUAGUACUUAGUAGUAUUCAUAUACUAUAUGUUUGUGUAAUGUGAAUGUGUAUUACAAAGUAAUUUCCAUUAUUAGUUUAUGUUUUAUUUUUAAAGAUGGAGUGAAAGUGAUUAUGUUUUGAGCUUCUUUUUAUCAAA